CCUGUAGAUGCACCUAAAAGCGGGGAAUGUGGUUACUCUGAAACAUACUGUCUCUGCUACUACACUGGAAUAACUACGCGCAGCAAAAGGCAGGGGCGAUACCGGAUUGUUCAUAUUUAAUUACCUAUCAGUCCCAGGCAAUGAGCAUUUUACAUUAAAGGUUUAUGAAGAAGGAAUAAACUUGAACCAUGACGAUUGAUUUUGAAGAAUGCAUUAAAGAUUCUCCCAGAUUCAGGGCCACCAUAGAUGAGGUGGAAAAUGAUGUGGUUGAAAUUGAAGCAAAGCUAGACAAGCUGGUGAAACUUUGCAGUGGGAUGAUAGAAGCUGGAAAGGCCUACAUCAAUGCCAACAAACUGUUUGUGAACGGCGUCCGAGACCUGUCACAGCAAUGCAAAAAGGAUGCCAUGAUUUCGGAAUGUCUUGAGAAGUGUGGAGAGAGCCUUCAGGAAAUGAUCAACUACCACAUGAUACUUUUUGAUCAAGCUCAAAGAUCUGUCAAGCAACAGCUUCAGAAUUUUGUAAAAGAGGAUGUGCGGAAAUUCAAAGAGACGAAGAAGCAGUUUGAUAAAGUGAGGGAAGACGUGGAGAUCGCACAGGUGAAGAACGCACAGGCCCCCCGAAACAAACCCCACGAGGCAGAGGAAGCCACGGGAACCCUCACCGUCACCCGCAAGUGCUUCAGACACCUGGCCCUCGACUACGUGUUGCAGAUCAAUGUUCUUCAGGCGAAGAAGAAAUUUGAAAUAUUAGAUGCGAUGCUGUCUUUCAUGCACUCCCAGUACACUUUCUUUCAACAAGGCUACAAGCUUCUCGAUGAAAUCGACCCGUACAUGAAGAAGCUUGCGGCAGAGCUGGAUCAGCUGGUGAUUGACUCCGCAGUUGAGAAGAGGGAUAUGGAGCACAAACAUGCAAUCAUACAACAGCGGACUCUAAUGCAGGACUUCUCCUACGAUGACUCCAAAGCAGAGUUCAAUGUGGACGCCUCUAAUGGAGUGGUCGUGGAAGGCUACCUGUUUAAGAGAGCCAGCAAUGCCUUCAAGACAUGGAACAGGAGGUGGUUCUCAGUACAGAACAGCCAGCUGGUGUACCAGAAGAAACUAAAGGACUCACUCACUGUGGUGGUGGAGGACCUGAGGCUUUGCUCAGUCAAGCCUUGUGAGGACAUUGAGCGCCGCUUCUGCUUUGAAGUCGUCUCCCCAACAAAGAGCUGCAUGCUGCAAGCUGACUCUGAGAAGCUGCGUCAGGCCUGGAUCCACGCUGUGCAGGCCAGCAUAGCCUCUGCCUACAGGGAGAGCCCGGACAAUUACUGCAUCCAAAAGCUGGACCGCACCGCUUCCCCCUCCACCAGCAGCAUCGACUCUGCCAGCGACUCGCGAGACCGCAGCCUCAAAGGGGAGAGCAUCCUGCAGCGCGUCCAGUCCAUCCCGGGGAACGAGGUGUGCUGUGACUGUGGCCAGGCAGACCCCCGCUGGGCCAGCAUCAACCUGGGCAUCCUGCUGUGCAUCGAGUGCUCGGGCAUCCACAGGAGUUUGGGUGUUCACUGCUCCAAGGUCCGUUCGCUCACUUUAGACUCCUGGGAACCGGAGCUACUGAAGCUGAUGUGUGAGUUGGGCAACAAUAUUAUGAACCACAUUUAUGAACCCAGGUACGAAGAGCUUGGCCUCAAGAAGCCGGUGUCUUCCAGUUCAAGGCAGGAGAAGGAGGCUUGGAUCAAAGCCAAAUAUGUGGAGAAGAAGUUCCUGAAGAAGAUGCCCAUUGUAGAGGCUCUGAGGGAAGUGGAGCAGAAAUCACGCCGGUGGAGCGUGAAGAAAUGCCAGAGACACAACAGCUCCACCAAAGUACCAGCCACGCGCAGGAGAUACAGACAGGAAGCGGGGAACGCAUCCCCAGCAACCCUCGUCUCAGCAACUGCUCUGGAGAGGAAGUUCCGCAGGGACUCGCUCUUCUGUCCUGAUGAACUCGACUCCCUCUUCUCCUACUUCGACACGGGGUCCGGGCCACGCAGUUUGAGCAGUGACAGUGGUCUGGGAGGCAGUACGGAUGGCAGCACAGAUAUCCUGGUCUUCGGUUCAGUGGUUGACAGCGUCACCGAGGAAGAGUGCGAGGUUUCCGAGGAGUCGAGCGGGGAGGCUGAGAUUGAGCAGGAGGCAUCGGACACGGAGGACCUGAGGGAGCUGACCCCGGGGAUGCUCAUUUACAAGGCAGCCCAGGCUCGCAACAUGCCAGUCAUGGCAGAAGCCUUGGCUCACGGAGCUGACGUCAACUGGAUUAACGACGAAGAUGAGAACAAGACCCCACUCAUACAAGCGGUUACUGGGGGUUCUUUAAUAGCCUGCGAGUUCCUUCUGCAGAAUGCGGCUGACGUUAACCAAAGAGACAUCCGAGGAAGGGGCCCACUUCACCACGCCACGUAUCUGGGACACACUGGUCAAGUGUGCCUGUUUCUGAAAAGAGGAGCCAAUCAGCACGGUGAAGAUGCGGAUGGGCAGGACCCCCUCAGCAUAGCUGUCCAAGCUGCCAAUGCAGACAUCGUCACCCUGCUGAGGCUGGCUCGGAUGAACGAGGAGAUGCGGGAGUCUGAAGGCCCUUUCGGACAGCCAGGAGAUGCCACCUACCUUGACAUCUUUAGAGAAUUCUCUAACAUGGCGUCGAACAAUCCUGAAAAGUUGAACCGUCGCAGUGUGCAUUUCAGCCAUUCCUGCAGGAGAGGAAGAGAGCUGGCAUCACUGGAUCUGCUUCUACUUGAAAUGUCUUCACAGCCAGUCAAUGAGAACAAUGUCAACUAGUGACAGGACAACUCUUCAAACACAAAAGUGACUGUCCUUGGUUUAGUACAUCUUGCCUUUGAUAACACCUGAUGGUUAAAGUGAUUAUGGCUAACACAAUAAUUCCAGAAAUCAUUCCCAUUUUGCUCUUCCAUUCGCUACAUAAGUUUUAAAUGUGCAGUUUUGAAAGAAACACAUGGAUUUUCAUUUUAAAAACAUGAUAUCUGGUACUACAAUAGGUUGUGAAAGUUCUAAGUUUCCAUGCCUUAGUCUCAGGAUAUCUGUUACACUUCCUGGGUCAUUUCACCUCAGCAGUGUCUUCUGGCUGAACGCAUGUCAGUCAAUAGGGGAAGCUGUCAUUAAAGGGAUGGGGGCUUGACUUGCAAACAGAGACUUCUUUACUUAAAGUAAUACCAGAUAUUAUUUCAAAUAAAUGUCAAUGUAACAUGUGUUUCUUUCAAAACUGCACAUUUGAGACCGUAUAACAAACAGAAGUGAACAGCAGGUAAGACUCAUGGAGUUUCUUUAUAGCUGCAUAACACUGUAAUGGCCAGAACUAGACAUUCCACAAGGAUGCCACAGGAAGAUGAUGUGUCCCUUCAUAUGUUUUCUGUUCUAUAGGUUCUUAUUGUUGUGUAGGUUUGGAUUGUAUCAGUGGUGUGGGUCCUCUGACCAGCUGCUGGAGGAAGUGCAGGACGUUUCCUCCAUGUUUCAUCAUUGCUUUUCAUUUGAUUUUAUAAUGUGUUUUUAUAAUGUGUUUUACUGCCUAAGCCCUCUAUACUCCACCAAUAGUUAUCCGGUACAAAUCAAGGCAUAGUGAUGCUUAAAUAGUGAUGCUUAGGCUUCUCAUACACUAUCCGAAGCGUGUGGAAGAAAUGACUGAUUCACAGGAAACCUGAUUUUCCACCCAUGAUUAAUGUGGUUGUGUGAAUGCGUAUUUCCAUUGGGUUAUAUUGUUCAAGGGUUAUUUUAAUUCUCACAGAUGGUCUUAGUCCAUCAGGUUCUUAUCAAAUACACUCACAAAAUGAACUACAUCUUGAACAUUUCAUUACAGCAGCAUAUUAGUUUGAAACAGACAAAUGUAACUGUAGUUCAGAAAUGUAUUUUUAGUCAAACUGACAGUUUGCAGCUCUUUUUCAUUUGAUUUUCACACAAGGCUGUUUCAAGCAGUAGAUUAAAAGGACAGACAGCUGCAGUCUGGUAACAGACCAUGUCCUAUUCUUUAAUAAAGCAUGAAUUCCUUUGCAUGUUAUAUAUAUUUGAAUGGUUGACUAUACUGGUAUAGUCUUCCCAAUUUAUAUAUAAUCACUCUGUACAAAAAUAAUUAGAACCAUGUAUAUAAAACCUGUUUAAAUGCAAAAUGCUAAGUAAUAUAUCACAAAAAUGGUAUUUUGUAAUACAAAUAUAAAAGAAAUAUACCUUUGAAAAUAAAAGGUAUUUUCUGUAAGUAUUUUGAAGUCAUUCUUUCUUGUCUUAUAAGAAGUAGAGACAAUGUACGAAUGAGAGGCCGUCCAGCCCAUCAAAGCUCGUUCGGUUCCUAGUAGCUGAUUGAUUCAAAACUUUGUCAAGGGUCUGAGUGAUUCUGCAUCAUCAACAUGACCAGGUAACCCACUCCAUACCCACUCUACUCCAUCAAUGAAGGUGGUCCUGGAUUCUGUACUGCGCUUAAACUAAUGGUUUGGGUACCUAUGUUAACUCCUUUGAGAUUGUAACGAUUUUAAUCAUGCCUCCCCCCUAAUUCUUCUUUGUUUCAGACUCAAUUGAUUCAGUCCUUCUGCACCACUAACACAGUACUGCUAAGCCAGUUGUCUAGCUGUGUAUCUCACCACUAACACAGUACUGCUAAGACACUUCUCUAGCUCUGUAUACCACUGUGUGCUGAAUGAUAUUUAAUAAAACCAUUUUUUUUAUGGAACCAACUGCUGCUUUGAGACAAGCUUGUGACAAAAGCGUAGAAAAGCAUACACAUAUUUGAAUAAUGCAGUUGAAUCCACACAAGUGAUGUCCAUCUCUUGCUUCUGCAUACGAGAAUACAUCUGUAUUUAGAGAACAGCUCCAGGCAAUUGCUUUCACCACAGAGUGCUUUGGACCAUUGUGUGCCCCGUCGAGUGCAGUGCUGUGUGCACGGCUUUACAUUGCAUCAGAAUAGCCAACGACUUUACAUGAAAGUACAUGCUGGAAAUCAAGUGUAUGACUGUUACAUUGCUUUGAUAUUAAGCAGAGUGUGAUAUUAACCAAAGUGAUAUUAUCAGGAGCUUGUCUCCAUUGACUCCCAUUUCAAUGUGAUGAUAAUAAGCAGAGUGUGAUAUUAACUGGAGUGAUAUUAAGUGGAUUUGACUUUUAAAACAACAGUACUUGAUUUGGAUUUGGAGUUAAGAAUCAUACAUCUUAUAUCUUCAAAUAAUUAUAUUUAACCAAGAUUAAAAUAAACAGCAGAGAUGACAAGUAAACUCUCCAGUUACGUCUGCUGUAAACCUGGGUGGCCACAUUUGAUAAGUGAAAUUGAAAUGUUUCUGUAAUCUCAUUCUAAAAUCUUAGAAAGUCAUUGUAAAAGCCCAUGGAAUCCCCUGCCCCGUGUCUAUUUAUAAGCGCAGUUGAUCAGGUGUGGAUUAGAAGAGCAGUCUCCAGGCCACUCAAUCCAACUGCAGCACUGCUGUAUUACAUUUCCAUGGAUUGUUAAGAGUCUUUGGAGAAAGUAUUAUUGGACUUUCUAAGAAUGCAUUUUCACUGACCAAUAAGCUGGUAAUUUCACAACAUAUUGUCAUGUACAUUGUGUCUGUAUUUGAGAGCAUGAUGGAUCACACUUGGAAUGAAGGUUUGA